AUGUCGGGACCAUUAAUGAUACCGCCCCUUGAAAAAAACACUAUCGAAGGCACUGACUUCCGUUUUUGCGGUAGACAACACGGACGUCGUGCGUAUCUAGUGAAGAAUGACACGUUGUUCUGGCGAAAAGCCGGCGUGCUCAAGUCGCGUCCGUUUGGAAACGCCGUGCUCUUAUCCAGUGAUGGCGCCUUUACAGACCGGGACGAGAAAAGACUGGAUCUUGCAGAAGGAAAACUCGACCAUCUACUAGGAAGCAGCAUGUUCACCCACCCGUCGCCACAUCCGACCCCUCAAAAUCACUGGCAUCAGCAGCAACCAUUUGAUGUGAGGCUUGAGUGGGCAGCUAACGAGUCGAGUAUUUCACACUUGAGCCCUCAGAAACUGCGGGAGCCGGGCUACCUAAACACCCAUAUCCUCGUCGUACCUGCAUCAAGGUAUCCAGCGGUGCGGCCUAGCGCGGCCCAGAUUUCCAUUGGCAUUUCGUUCUACUUUGAAUACUGCCACAGACAGCCGAUUUGGUGCUUUGAACGAGAAGACGUCGGCGACUAUGAUUCGUUGAAUGACGAGCUCGCAUGCAGCAUCGUAGCUCUCACACUGCGCUUCUCGGACAACCGAGAUGGUAAGCCAUUGUAUAGUAGUAAUGCAGGUAGCCUCAUCAUGCUUAGGAUUGCAAGCGAGACGGUGGAUAUCGCGACGCUCGAAAGUUUGUGUUUACUUUCGUACUCCUCUUUUAUUGAUGGGAAUGCGCUCACUGGCCAGUUUCACCUUGGACUUGCAGUUCAGCUGUGUCGUUCUGCCAUGCUGGAUGUUGAGUCUGCCCAUGGUGUUGAAGAUCCCAUGCCAGAACGAAAAAGAAGACUAUUCUGGAGUCUUCAUAUCCUCGAGCAAUUUUAUGGACGACAAGAAGGUCUCUUGCGAAUACCAAUAGGGAUCUGGCGGUCGUCGUUCCUCACCACUCGCGUACAAUCGCCGGCUGAUGAACAUCGAGCAAUCAAUCUCCCUAAGGAUGAACUUGGCUGCCAAAAGUCGUGCGAACUAGGAAUCUGGAAUUUGAGUAUUCACCUUGGCUGGGUGUGGAGCCAGGUUAGGAAGUACAUAUCCGACUGUGCACAUGAUAUCAUUCAGGAGCCCUGGCGGCAUGACUCAGCGUACAACAAAGUUCAGGCUGAGCUCAUGGAAAUCGAAAAUAGGAUCCCUAUAUGUCACUGUUACGACACGGUUAGGUUUUUCGAGCGCAAGGUGGGUGAUUUGAAAGCUCAUCGGGACUAUUGGUCACCGUGGCUGAAAGAGCAGUUCACCUACCACGUCAUCCUUACCGUUCUCAACCACCCAUUACUCUAUACUGUUGGGCUUCAGCGUAACCCUAACCUGGCUGUCCCAAAUACUUUUUGGAAACGAGCUUCCGAGCUGGCAUUGUUCCACUCUACGUGGAUCGUUCGUAUGAUCGAUAUGGUUAUUGACAAGCGAGUGCCGCUGGUGGACCCUUUCGUUGGGCACGCCGCCGCCAUUUCUGCGACGGUACAUCUGUACUACUGUUGCGCUACUACGCCAGCAUUAAGGCACAAGUCUAACACAGACUUUGCUAAGUCUAGAAGGUUUCUAAAAGGCUUUAUUUUGACCUCAUCUGCUUGCAGAGCAUUAGAUCGUGACUUGGAUGAAAUGACGCGCAUCGCUGCCGGAUCCGAAACCUUGGCCAUAGAAGCCUGGAUGCCCUCUAAGAUUUAUCUUAGCGUUCCUUUGAUGUGGCGAAUUCUUCGAUUCGACGCGGCCGUCAAUCUCCACGAAAAUCCGGGCGCUGGCUUACUGGACUCAACACUCGUCCCUCGUCCUGCAGAGGAUGAUCCUUAUGAUAACUGCGUGCUCGAAAUUACCGCCGCUAGCACGCCAGAGAUUUCGAUCGACGUAGCAAACGGUGGCCAAGUAGCGCUAACACUGUCUUCCUCACAUAAUUUUGAGACUGCAUGA